AUGGAUAUAGUGCGCGCCGUGUGCAACCGCCUGUCGAAAACUCCAAGUCACACCCCCCAUGCAGUCAUUAUAACUGAAAAAGAUGAAGAAAAAGGCUUACGGAGCUUGGAGCACCUACGGCACCCGACAGUCCGCGUAGGAUUUCAUCAACUGGAUGCGUGUAACGACAGAAGCAGAACUACUUUCUUCAAGAACCUUAAAGAGCAAUUUGGGAGCGUCGAUGUUGUGAUUAAUAAUUCGGACAUUCUCCCUUCGACCAAGGAAUUGGGUAGCAAGCGCAGUACGGGCUACAUCCUGAAAGAAGACUACUAUGAAGCCAAAGUUGCAAUAUUCGCUUUGAUACCGCUAAUGGCUCCAGGGGGCCGCGUCGUCAUUGGUGUUUCAAGCCUGGCAGAGCUUGCGAUUAGGUGGAUGAACGAAAAUGCCUUUGCCAAGUUGUUCAGCGCAAGCACAUCCGAUAAAGCGAGUUACCUCUCACUGCAGUUUUAG